CCCUGCUCGAUCGAGAUGCCUUACAGCAGCCGUGAAUUGGUUUGCCAUUACCUGUAUUACCGUCUGUCCCGCCAGGGAUUUGUGUGGGAGGAGCCCCUGGACACCGCUGCCGGCUCUCCGACCCCCAGCUCACCGAGCCCCGGCCGGCCCCGGGCGACCGCCGCCUCGUCCGCCGCCGCCGACAAAGCGCACCGCGUCCUCCGCGAGGUGGGCGACAGCUUCGAGCGCCAGUACCAGCAGGAAUUCGCCGACAUAGCGCUGCAGAUGCGCUUCGAGCCCGAGAGUGCCCGUGGCCGCUUCGAGGCGGUGGCCGAGGAGCUGUUCCGCGAUGGAGUCAACUGGGGCCGGGUCGUGGCUUUCUUCGUGUUCGGGGGCACCCUGUGUGUGGAGAGCGCCAAGAGGAGGGACAUGGCAUCGCUCAUUGAUAACAUCGCCACCUGGAUGACCGCUUACCUAGACAGCAGCCUCACUGACUGGAUCCGCGCCAAUGGAGACUGGGUAUGUAACCAGUGGCCAGGAUACACCUUCACUCUCCCUCAUCACUUGACUGUUCUUGAGGUUGUCAGCAUCACCCGCCCCCUUUACCUGCAAAGGAGAGAGACUGUGUGUGGGACGGUCUGUUUCCUGCCCACUUGCAUCACCUACACACCUUCCCACUCAAUAAAAUGUUUCCCAUCUAUCACCUUUCCUGCCCACUUCCAUCGCCCAACAUAUCUAUACAGCUUUCACAUUCAUCCACUUCUGGCCAUCUUUUUCUACUUUGCAUCACCAGCCACAGGAUGCUUUUGUAGACCUAUAUGGAAACAAUAUGGAACCUCAUUUCGACAUCCCAUGGCCCUCUCUUCGGACUGUCUUGGGCAUUGCUGCUGUGGGGGCUUGUAUAACCUUUGCUUAUCUAGCCCACCAGUAUUAACCGUGAUUAUUCAAGAAUUUCCUUUUAACUAGAACUGCUUGCAAAAAUUUUUUAGGCUGCUUUAAUGUUACAAGUUGUUUUAUCUAAUUGGAUCAAAUUAUCAGCCUAUUUGACACCUUAAAAUAUUCUUAUAUUUAUAAUCAUUGAGUCUUUUACAGCGGUAGGUUUAUAAUGUUUCUUUGCAGUUCGCAAUGAAUUCAUUGUUGAAUAUGUAAAUGUGAAGCCAAUUCUAGAAGUACAUUUCUCUGUGGGUUGAAUUUCUUCAGGCUGACUGGACUCUACAUUCCAUAAUAAAUUGGACAGAUUGUGUAACAAGACGGUGAUACAACUGGAUGGAAUUUUGCCUACAGCAAUGUAUGAGGCAAGAACCCUGAUUUUGGCCUUGUUUUGUAACAUAUCGGUGACAAUAUAUUGCUUGACAAUUGAGCAUUAUAUGAAUUACAAUCAGUGCACAACACAAAUUGCCCAAUACUCAGCUUCCUGAAAAUGUUGGGAACUGAGGUUUAGGUGGCCUUUUUUUUUUCUUUAAAAAAAAAACUUUCUUUUACUAAAGGGGGAAGUCAUUGUCUUUUUACAAAAACAAAAUUUAGAAAUUAGUCAUGGUCUUCAAGAUUUAACAUUGUACAGAAGUUCCUGGAAUGGCUGAAGAAGACUUCUUUGGGCUGUGAUUUGAACAUACAAAAAUUUAUUCAUCAUGUCAUUAAACAGCAAGUGGAUGUUACAGUUUAUUUUGGUAUAAAGCAGAAACUUCAUCCUCGGCUUAUGUUUGGAUCUGCUUGCAAUUGCAAUGGCGACUAAUACCUGUACUGAACAAACCAAGAAGAAAGCUAAAACUGGAUGGAAACUGGAAGUAAAAUAACUUUUAUCAGUUUUGCAAAUGUGCAUUAGCAUUUAAGGAAAGGAAAAACACACAAAUGAUGUUUGGUAACUUGCUAAUGUUGCCAAAAGUUGCAGUGGUAAAAUUUAGUUUUUGAGAGUAAACUGAAAGGCUUGUAUUUGUUCUCCAAUGUCUAAAAUAUGUUAUUUUUGUAGAGUAUUUUGUGGGUUAAUGUGAAUAACAUAUUUGAGCUUCUGGACCUCGGCACAAAACUCUUAAAAUAUUAUUUCAACCAUAGUCCAUAUAGAAGGUAUGAGCUUUUCAAAAAAAAAACUUUGAAAAGUCCAUUCCAUUUCCAUUUUAAACUUAACUUAAAACUUUUUUCAUUAUUUUUAUUUAAAGUUUACAAUUCUUACUAAAUGGGCUGCUAUUAGGUGAGUGUUGUAGAAUAAUUAUGGCUUUACAUAGAUUAAAUACCAAAGGGUGAUUCCCAAAUUGCUGCGGUGUGAAGACUAUAAGAUACUGCAUGCUUUAGAUAAUGCCUCUAGUUUUGAACAUUGUGCUAAUGAAAUAUAUACAUUUAAUGACUUCCAAAAAGUAUAUCCAGCUAUGUGACAUGAUUUUGCAAAAACUCUGCCCACCAACAAAAUCUAGAACAUUCUCAUUCUGCAAAACUGUGCAGAAGGAAUGCUGUAACUCUGGCUCGUCAAAACUACCACACCAACAGAAAACAAUGGAUGACAGUGCUUACUUUUGUGAUACUUGCAUGGAGACUCAUAUCAGAGACCUUGGGGAUGUUCACCCUUCUUUACAGAAUAACCAAACUUCUUUGGGUGACUUCUGUUUUUAAAAUGUUAAGACUUGUGCUAUGAUGCCUUUCAACUUGAGAAUUUCUAAUGCAUCCACAAAACAUCUGCAGCAGAAGUGAAUUGUCAUAAUGAUUCACAGAUGCUAAAGGAAAAUUAAAUUGUACUUGCAGUAGUGCUCCAUCUACUGAUGACGACCAAUUUCACCAUACCAAUAUCGCAUAAGACAAAGUGAAUGUACCGUGAAGAAAUGAGCAUAACUGAAAUCACCAGUAAGCUAGCAGUAUUGUAAUUUCAUGUGGAGUGAUAAAAGCUUAUCAAGAAAAUUAAGCACGUUAGAAAAAAUAUUUUUUUAAGCAUUUUAUGUGCUUCCUAAAAAAAAUUAUACUUGGUAUAAAUUGUGUGUUUGUGCACCUUCAGUAUAUUUUGGCAUGUCAUUUUUGUUGCAGGAUGAAAGCUCUUGUAAUUUUAGAAGCUGUGCUUUGUAUCUUGGGUGUAAUAUUUUGUUAAUUGAUGUAUUAUUUUUAUAUACCGUUGUGCUGUUGUAUUCACUGCUCUGUGUUGUUUGUCACCACAGUGAUAAUAUUACAAAUCUGAAAAAUCUAGCAAAUGAGCAGAAACAUAUUAGCAGAGUUGUGAAAACUGGCCUGCAAGAUGUUGGCUUACUGUUUAAUUAAGCUUAAAUAUAGCCCAAACCGAAGUAUGCAUAUGUUUUAGUUUAGGAACAGGGAGGUUGGAUGCAUUGUUUAGAAUAUUUGGAGUCUAGCCCAACCUAGAUACCUAGCAACAAUUGCAAAGUAACUCCCUAGCCUUAAUGCAAAUUAGUCAAGCUAGUUGGGUGUGAUCUCUAGUAGACAUAUCUUGCCAUUAUCAUAUUGAAUUGUUGUUAUGAAAUAUACAGCACCAAUUAAGCAGCCUUUUUCUACCCGAUACCAUUAAUACUGUGCAACAUCCAGACUAUUAUAUGGACACGUUUAUCCUGCAGUGUGUGUCUGAGACAGAGGAGUGACUCGAAAAUAAAUUACAUUAUUGACUUUAAUUCUUAAAAAACCUCUCAAUAUCUGGAAUUCUCAAAUGUAUUUUUCUGAAAGAAUUUAGUGCUGUUUUGGAGAUGGCCUUACAAGCCUUAUUCAAGUAUGUAUUCUUUAUGGACUCAAUUUAAACAGAGUACAUAAUAAUAACUAAUUUCUACAAUUUUUAUUGUAGCAAGUAAUGUUUUUUGUUUUCAAAAAAAUUCUGCAAGUUGUUACCAAUGAUGUUUUAUAAAACAGAAUUCAGCAGCGACAUGUUCAGUUAACAACAUUUUAUUUGGUUCAUCAUUUCAGUACACUUAAUGCGUGUAAGGAAAUUUUUGUUCCUUGUCCUGGGAUUCUUUUGAUUUAGCGCACUUCCAAAUUAUUUUUAAGUGUGCCAGCAGCAUAUGGAAAAUUAUUGAUAGAAUUGUUUUUUAAAAUGAAGGAUUUUCAAUCUCAUUUCCUUCCAACAGUAUUGUAAGGGGACUAAUACCUCAUCAGAGAUAAGAGACCUUUUGUUGUUUUUAAUUUCCCCUAUCUCAACACCAAGUGGCAGUGUAUAAUUGAAAAUUGAAUUGGAUAUUCUGAAACUGUCUUUUUCUUUUAAGUCUCACUAAUGUACACAUGUUAUGUAACUGAUAGUCUUUUUCUAACAGAAUGAAACCUGACGGGGUUAGCUUCAAAAGUGUCUGCUUCUGGUAUGAUUUUUAAAAAAAGCAAACCAGGGUUAUAUUUAUAUUUCUGAUUUUUCAUUUGAUAUGUACCCACUUUUGUGGCAAAUAAGAGAAAGAGGGUUUGGUCUAGACACGCAAACAAACCUCAAGUUAAAUGGUUUAACCUCAGUUGGCCAUCUUUUUUGCUAAUCUUACUUUAGUCCAACCAGAUUUUAAGCAUUGUAUGUUUGUUGUCUCUAGAUGGUAUUGAGUGAGAAGAGAAUCCUAGAUAGCAAAUGUUUCUUUUUACAUUUAAGCUUUUUUGAGUGAAUACAUUGUUUAAUCCACCAGAUUGAGCACUGGGGAUGCUGCAUAUGAUUUCUGAUUGAGUGCACUGUCGGCAAGUUCAUUAAAGUAGUUUGAAUUAUAUGCACACAUGUAAACAGAAUGUGGCCACUUUAGUGAAUGAUGGGUGUCAGGGAGAAUGGAAGAAUCCAUUGUCUAUACAUGGACCAUAGGUAACUACAGAAUUGAUGUAUCAUGAUUCCGGGUACGAAGCAUCAAAAUCUGUUUGACACUGAGUUUUAUAAUACUUUUUAAUAUUCUAUACAAUCAACUGUAUCAUUUCUCAUAAUGACUUAAACAUAUUUUGCAACGAAAGUGACAUCAUGCAUGUAAGAAAGGUGUUGCUGAGGACUUGAUCAUUUUUAUAAAGCUAACCAGGAAUCCUUGACUGAUUUUAUUUUAACUAUUUUCCCUGUUUGGCUAUUGAUAUACUGAAAAUAUUUUUCAUUUAGUCAUGCUCCUGGUAUGCAAGAACCACAUCUUAGGUACUUUUCAAUUUGCUUUAGACAGAAAUGGUUUAUAUAUAAACUGAAUGUUAAUUCAACCAGUGUUUAUUUUUUAUUUGUGGUGAAAACAAAAUAUUCAUCUCAAUAAUUACUGACCUUUUAGCCGAUGAAGUACUUAACAGACAUUGCCGAUUUAAUGUACUUGUUUAUUAGAUGGAACGUCAAUUUUUCAGAGGUUGCUUGCAUGUUGAAAGAGCCGUUACUUUAUGCUAUUGUAGUCCAUUCUUAGAGUAUCAGCUAUGCUCUAUCAUGGAGGAAGUGAAUCUGUGCUCCAGCUGAAAUAAUGGGGACAUGCCCUCCUCUGCAGUGCUGGGUAGUUGUGAUUUUAUUUGACAGUGGUCAGCCUAUUGAAUGGAGGAGAUGUUGUGUGUCAAAAUUGGCUAUUAAUACCUGGGGGAGCCUAUAUUCAGUGCAGGCUGCCCAAAUAAUUUCCAGUCCCCACCUUUCUCCCAUCCCCAAACUGUGCAUAUUGCAUGGUGUAGGGCACGCUUUGCCAUUUUUAAAAAUUCAUUCAUGGGAUGUGGGUGUUGCUAACUAGACCAGCAUUUAUUUCCCAUCCCUAAUUGGUGAGAGGGCAGUUAAGAA